GAGUAUCGACUGGACAGCACAGUCUCACCUGUCGCGCCGCUGCCGUGCGAUUGGUGGUCGCGGCGGCCGCCUUAUUUUAUUCCGCCUCCUCCUCCUCCUCCUCCUCCCCUGCUAAUUGCAUUACUACUGCUACUAAUCCAACGAAUCCUUCGGUUUUGUAUUCUUCUCUGCUUCCUUUCGUCUUCCCCUUCGCCUCUUUCUCUCUCUCCGUGUUCUCGCGUCGCCGUCGCCGCUGGUGCGAGAUGGUCGAGACGAGGCGGAGCGCCGCGGCGAAGCGCCCGGCGGCGGGGGAGGAGCAGGAGGACAAGGGCGCGCCGGCAUCGCCGGCGCCGGCGCCCACGGAGGACCCGGCGGCGGGUCCGGGAGCGGCUGACGAUGUCGCGUCGUCGCAGCCCCCGAAGCGCGCCAAGGUUGGGUGCGCGGAGGCGGAUACCGUGAAGCCAUCGGUGGCGCCGGCAGCAGCCGGCGCCGUUGUGGGUCUGCCCAACACGGCUGGGCUGCAGGCGCUGACCGGCGCCAUGGACAAGCUGGAGGCCCUCUUGAGGUCCAAGGAGGCUCAGUCCAAUCAGGCAGGGCAUAAACGGGGCACUAAUAAUGAUAAAGAUGUAUCCGCGAUAAAGAGAGCCAUGGAUUUGUCCGAGGAUUUAUCGGCGAAGAUAAAGAAAACCAAGGAUAAGGUGGCUGGGAUAUUGAAUAAGCCACAGGCUGCAGGCACCAGCAAGCGUCAGGAGCCCUGGUGCAGACUAAUUUCACAAUAUUCCAUGCACCCUACCCUUUCUAUUUAUGGUGCGCUUUUCACUAUUGGUCAUGGAGCGCAUCAUGAUUUCAGACUGGGCGAGUCAUCCACUGCCUCACCUGUUUGUAGACUGAAGCAGGCUAAGCGAGGUGCACUCCUUGAAGUCUUUGAAUCCAAAGUUGUUCGUGUAAAUGGGAAAUCUUUGGACAAGGCUGCCAAGGUUACCUUGAAUGGAGGAGAUGAAAUUAUAUUCCGUUCACCAGUGAGGCAUGCUUAUAUAUUUGAGCAACUUCAUCAGGAGAAAUCUAGCACUCCAGUGUUAUCCUCCACUUGCAGUGUACAGCAGGGGCAACGCUCACAUUUCAAAGAUAUUCAGGAUCUUUUGUCAUCAAAAGGGCGCAAAGUCUCAACCUUUUACUUUGGAAGAGGUCGGUCUUCAUUGUUGCCUAGUGGUCCAUCAGCAGACCCACUUAUGCUUAAUUCAUGUAAAACUAUGGAGGGUCGAUGCCAGUUUAGCUCUGAAGAUAAUAUUUCAUCUGGUCGGUGUCAGCUAGUAAAGGAGGAUUUGAUCAAUGCAACGGUUGAUGCGAGUGACAUCUCUGAGUCAUUUGAUAGUUGCCCAUAUUAUCUAAGUGAGCAUACCAAAUGUGCUCUCAUGUCAUCAGCAUAUGUACAUUUACACUGCAAGAACUACUUCAAGUUUACAAAAGAUAUAUCUUCUCUUAGUCAACGAGUGCUGCUAUCUGGCCCAACAGGAACUGAUAUCUAUCAAGAAUAUCUGGUGAAGGCACUUGCAAAGUAUUUUGGUGCUAGAUUGCUCACUGUAGAUUCUUCCAUGCUGUUUGGUGGGCAAACUUCCAAGGAGUCAGAGUCCUACAAAAAGGGUGAUAGAGUGAGGUAUAUUGGUUCAUUACAGUCGACAGGCAUUAUCCUUGAUGGACAGAGCCCUCCAGAUUUUGGUUCACAGGGUGAAAUAUUUCUUCCUUUUGAAGAAAAUAGAUCAUCGAAGGUUGGUGUAAGGUUUGAUAAAAAAAUUCUGGGAGGAAAUGAUCUUGGAGGCAAUUGUGAAGUUGAUCAUGGUUUGUUCUGUCCAGUUGAUUCAUUAUGCCCCGACAUUCCAGGAUGGGAGGUUACAUCCAAACAUCCCUUUGAUGUGAUAGUUGAGUUCAUCUCUGAAGAAAUUCGGCAAGGUCCUUUAAUCCUUUUUCUUAAGGACACAGAGAAAAUUUGUGGGAAUAAUGAUUCCUAUCAUGGUCUGAAGAGCAAGUUAAAACAUUUUCCAGCUGGUGCUUUUAUAAUUGGAUCUCAAAUCCAGCCUGACAAUCGCAAAGAGAAGGCAAAUGGUAGUUCUCCUUUUCUUUCGAAGUUCCCGUACAGCCAAGCUAUACUUGACCUCGCAUUACAGGACAUUGAUGGGGGAAAUGAUAAUAAUAAAGAAACUUCAAAAGCAAUGAAGCAUUUGAUCAAACUUUUCCCGAAUAAAGUGACACUCGAGGCACCACAAGAUGAAACGGAGCUUUCGCGGUGGAACCAGAUGUUAAACCGAGAUAUUGAAGUCCUUAAAGGAAAUGCAAACAUUUCAAAAUUACGCUCUUUUCUAACAAGGGUUGGUCUGGAAUGCACUGACCUUGAGGCAAUAUUGGUCAAGGAUCGCAUUCUUACAAAUGAGUGCAUUGAUAAAAUUAUUGGUUUUGCUUUGAGCCAUCAACUUAAGAACUGUACAAAUCCAGACCCCUCUUUGAGCAGUGUGCAGUUUGCUCUAUCCAGUGAAAGCCUUAAGCAUGGUGUUGACAUGUUGGAAAGUAUCCAGUCUGGCUCGAAGAGUAGCACCAAAAGGAAAUCACUGAAGGAUAUUGUUACGGAAAACGAAUUUGAAAAGAGGCUUCUUGCUGAUGUUAUCCCUCCACAUGAAAUUGGUGUUACCUUUGAGGACAUUGGAGCUUUAGAAAGUGUCAAAGAUACUCUGAAGGAGUUAGUGAUGCUUCCUUUGCAAAGACCUGAACUUUUCAACCGAGGACAACUUAUGAAGCCAUGUAAAGGAAUUUUACUUUUUGGCCCACCUGGUACGGGAAAGACAAUGCUUGCUAAGGCUGUGGCAACUGAGGCUGGUGCUAAUUUCAUAAACAUAUCAAUGUCAAGCAUCUCUUCGAAGUGGCUUGGUGAAGGAGAAAAAUUUGUGAAAGCUGUGUUUUCGCUGGCAAGUAAAAUUGCUCCAAGUGUAAUUUUUGUGGACGAGGUUGAUGGCAUGCUGGGAAGGCGGGAGAACCCUGGAGAACAUGAAGCCAUGCGUAAGAUGAAAAAUGAGUUUAUGGUGAACUGGGAUGGUCUAAGAACCAAGGAGAAAGAACGUGUAUUAGUACUUGCUGCAACUAACAGGCCAUUUGAUCUUGAUGAGGCUGUUGUUAGGCGGCUUCCAAGGAGGUUGAUGGUGAAUUUGCCAGAUGCAUCAAAUAGGAGAAAAAUUCUUAGUGUAAUACUAGCCAAGGAAGAUUUGGCAGAUGACGUUGAUCUAGAAGCUAUAGCUAACUUGACAGAAGGGUACUCUGGUAGUGAUCUCAAGAACCUGUGUGUUACUGCUGCUCAUCGUCCUAUUAGGGAGAUUCUUGAAAAGGAGAAGAAGGAGAGAGCUUCAGCAGAAGCAGAAAAUAGAUCGUUGCCUCUGUCACACACUAGCAAUGAUGUCCGCGCAUUAAGAUUAGGUGAUUUCAUACAUGCACACGAACAGGUGUGUGCAAGUGUUUCCUCAGAUUCCAGUAACAUGAACGAGCUUGUGCAAUGGAAUGAUCUCUAUGGAGAAGGCGGGUCGAGGAAAAAGACAACGCUAAGCUACUUCAUGUAGCUUAUGCUGUAAAUAUAAUAGAGGUGCCCUGGUACAAAGCAGCAAUGGUUGGAGGCAGUUGGGUUUGUAUUUGGUGCAUAGUUGGAAAAGAGCUAUGCUCAUCUGCCAGCCAUACAUAUCAAGAGAAUUGAUGGUUCAGGUGGACUGGAAUGGAAUAGUACACAUUGGUUGCUGCCUUCACUCUGGGCCAUGCAUCAUGCAUCUAGACAGGACGGCUGGUCUGGCUUGCAGUUGCCCUACUGCAGUUUUGAGUGCAACGGAUCACCAUCAAGGAAAGAAAAGAAAAGAAAAUAUAUCAGUUGUGUUUUCCCCAAUCCCCAGGAAGCACGGAGACGACAGCGAUCCUUUUGCCACAACCACUCUUUUCGCUUCUUAGAAACAAUUCAUUCCUUAGGUUGUAUAAGAUGUAGUCAGUAUAGCCUGUGCAAGUGUACAGUAUGAGCAUCAGGGCUAUUAACGUACUGUGAUGGUCUAUGCCUAAUCCCAGUUUAUUAAUUAGAAUCGUUUAACAUGCAAUGAUUAUUUUGUACCUACAUGCGUUUAUAUCAUGUUACCAAGGAUGUAUGCAAUGUAAACUGUUAUUAAUACAUUGCCUAUGUUACUGUUCCUUGUA